UAUUUGGCAGUGGUGGGUGGACUUGUGACCCAUAGCCAUGGAAGAAUAACACAUCCACACUCCUCCCUCUUCAAAAACCUACCCCUUUCCUCUUCCUUCAACCUCUUUUCUCAUCUCUCACUUUCUCUGUCUUUCCAUUUUCCCCUUUCCUUUCCCUCUCCUGUUUCUUCCUCUUAGCUUUUUUGCUUGCCUCCAAGGAUUUUCAAUUUCCAAACUUUCUUGGGUUCUUCUACGAGGUCUUAAAGCUUAACCAAAGGUAUUCUUCUAAUUCCAUAAUUUGUAAAUUAGGCAAAUGAUUAGAGACUUUGGAGUUAUGAAAUCACAAAGAGUUGCAGAGAAAUGCUUAGAUUCACAAUUAUGGCAUGCUUGUGCUGGUGGAAUGGUUCAAGUGCCUCCUGUGAACUCGAAAGUGUUCUAUUUUCCUCAGGGGCAUGCCGAACACGCCCAAGGAAAUGUAGAUUUUGCUAAUUGCAAGAUUCCUGCAAUGAUCGCUUGCAAGGUAUCUGCCAUUAAGUACUUGGCAGAUCCUGAAACUGAUGAAGUUUUUGCUAAAAUUAGAUUAAUCCCUUUGAGUGAUAGAGAUGUGGAGUUCAUGGAGGAUGGCAGUGAUGAUGUUUUGUUUGAUGGAACUCCUCAACAAGAGAAGCCUGCUUCUUUUGCCAAGACAUUGACACAAUCUGAUGCUAAUAAUGGUGGUGGGUUCUCUGUGCCUCGUUAUUGUGCUGAAACUAUAUUUCCAAGGUUGGAUUACAGUGCUGAGCCUCCUGUGCAGACUAUUAUUGCCAAGGAUGUUCAUGGUGAGACUUGGAAGUUUAGGCAUAUCUAUAGAGGGACUCCCCGUCGCCAUUUGUUGACUACUGGGUGGAGUAAUUUUGUGAACCAGAAGAAACUUGUAGCUGGGGAUUCUAUUGUGUUUCUAAGGGCAGAAAAUGGGGAUCUCUGUGUGGGAAUCCGGCGUGCCAAGAGAGGAGUUGGUGGUGGAAAUGAGUGUCCAUCUGGGUGGAAUUCAUUUGGUGGGUAUUCUGGAUUUCUGAGGGAAGAUGAGAGUAAAUUGAUGAGGAGGAAUGUUAAUGGUGAUAUGAAGGGGAAAUUGAGGCCUGAGUCUGUUAUUCAGGCUGCAACUCUUGCUGCUAAUGGGCAGCCUUUUGAGGUUGUUUACUAUCCAAGAGCAAGUACUCCAGAAUUUUGUGUUAGGGCGUCUGCUGUGAGGGCUUCAAUGCAGAUUCAAUGGUGUUUAGGGAUGAGAUUCAAAAUGGCUUUUGAAACAGAGGAUUCAUCUAGGAUUAGCUGGUUCAUGGGAACUAUAUCUUCUGUGCAGGUUGCUGAUCGCAUCCGGUGGCCUAGUUCUCCAUGGAGACUCCUACAGGUUGCAUGGGAUGAGCCAGAUUUACUCCAGAAUGUGAAACGAGUUAGUCCAUGGCUGGUUGAAUUGGUAUCGAACAUGCCCUCUGUUCAUCUCUCACCCUUCGCACCUCCAAUGAAAAAGUUGAGACUUCCACAAUCCCCCGACUUUUCCUUAAUUGGCCAGCUUCCACUGCCAUCACUUACCGGCAAUCCUCUCGGUUCAAACAUUCCCUUAUGCAGUGUCUCAGAUAACAUUCCUGCAGGCAUACAGGGAGCCAGGCAUGCUCAAUUUGAACUAUCUUCAGCAGAUUUCCACUUCCAAAAGCUGCAGUCAACUCUUUUUCCAGCUGGUAUUAAGCAUCUUGAUCAUGCUGCACCAACUUCUAGAAUCCCUAAUCGCAACUUCAUGGGCAUUGCUGAAAACAAAGAGAAAAUUUCUUGCUUGUUAACAAUGGGGAAUCCCACACUGAGCUUGAAGGGAAACAGUGAAACUAAGGUACCACACAUAAUGUUGUUCGGUCAACUCAUUCUCCCUGACCAGCAGAGUUCUCAAAGCUGCUCUGGUGAUACAAAUGGAAAUAGUUCAUCCGAUGGAAAUCCUGAGAAGAUGGCAAAUCUUUCUGAUGGUUCUGUAUUUCAUCAGACUGGUCUGCUGGAAAAUUCUUCAGAUGAAGGGUCUCCCCGGUACAAAGAUCACCAGAAAACUGAUCUUAGCUUGGAUACUGGUCAUUGCAAGGUGUUCAUGGAAUCAGAAGAUGUGGGUCGAACGCUUGACCUCUCAGUACUCGGUUCAUAUGAAGAGCUGUAUAAAAAGUUGGCGAACAUGUUCAGCAUUGAGAAUUCAGAUACGCUGAGCAGCGUGCUUUACCGGGAUGCAGCAGGUGCCGUAAAACACACAGGAGAUGAGCCCUUUAGUGAGUUUUUGAAGACAGCAAGGAGGUUAACCAUUCUUACAGAUUCAAGCAGCGACAACAUAGGAAGAUAGAGAAUGAGCAACUUUAAGUUAAAAAUGUACAGUUUGUGAACCCUUUCUUUUAGUUGUAACUUUGAACUUAUUUUGUUUAUUGGGAGCUGUGGGAGAAGCCCACUUCAUCCAAUUUUGGAAUAUUGUAGUUCACAUCCUUAGCAGAACUCUUUAACUUGCUUUCUUAUGAAAUAAGUUUUAUAUCAAUUGGUGAA